CCACAAUCAGAACAUCCAUAAUGUCCAAAGAUAUAAGGUCAAUGCUCCGAACUGGGCUGCAGACAGCUAGCAAAGUUACCAAACCAACUUCUACCAGUACAAAAGUCAAUUCCAUAGAGGUUAAAAACCAUAAAGGUUUGAAUGUGAUUGUGCCUACACACCCACAGACAACUGACUUCUCCAAGAGAUGGGCCAUAGAUGGAACACACCUCAUAAGCAAUUUACCUCCCAAAUCGUACUUUGAAAAUCGGAAGUCGUUCAAGAUAGCUGCAUUUGAUCUAGAUGGGACGUUGGUAAACACAAAAUUUGGUCUGUCAUUUGCAAGAGGCCCGAACGAUUGGAAGUGGUGGAGUCCAAGCUCCAGAGAAAAGUCGAGUGUUACCACAGAAAUAAAGACAUUACUCAAAGAGGAUUAUUUGCUAGUCAUAUUCACAAAUCAAGGAGGUGUAAUUGCAGAUAAAUCAAAGAAAUCAUACAUCAAUUUUGUCCAACGAGUGAAUGCAAUAGUCGAGGACUUGAAAAAGAAGCUUGAUGAUGAUUCAAUAGACGUAUUGGUUUAUGCAUCCCCCAAACGCCCAGCAAGUGGAAAAUCCAGUCCAAAGGAGUUACACGAACGGAUGAGGAAACCUAGCACAGGAAUGUGGAACGAAAUGGAGAAGUUCUUGAAUACAUUUGGAUCAGUAGACAAAGCACUGAGUUUCUUCGUUGGUGAUGCUGCUGGCAGGCCCGGUGACCAUCUGGAUAGCGAUUUAAUGUUUGCAAGGGAAUUAGAAAUAGAAUUUAAAGUUCCAGAAGGUAUUUUUCAACACGAAGAAUCUAAUAAAAGCUAAAAACUUUCUACACUUUGCAUAGCUUACUAGCGUAUAUCGUAAAAUUGAGGUUAUGAAUUAUUUACAUGGUCUAAAUUAUUUACAGGAUUAUUUAAGUUGU